AUGGGCCACAACAAGAGCUUCUCCGUCAACGACGGUUUCGAGUUUGACGAGGCGUGCUUCAGAAAGUUCUACAAACCGCUUUCUAACUUGCCUACACCUCCGCCAUCGUCCCGGAAUUCGUCAGCCACUCAGAGCCCCCGCAUCCCGGCUGGGGACGCGGAGGGUCGCAAUGAGGAGUUUCUAGCCUCAGCUAUACAUCUUACCCGGAUGCUACCCUCGGGUCUCUCAUGGGAAAUGCCUUCUGUGGCCGUGGUACAGACCAUGCUCAACCGGGCCAACCUCUCCAUGGACACCAUCGCCCUCGCAGUCUGCAUUCUGGAUGCUUUGCCAACCAGGUUCCGCAACAGCUGGCGGAUGAUUUACCCUCGAUCGCGGCAGACCCCUGCGGCAUCCAAGCGCCACACCUUGCCCUCGGGCCCUAUUCAACAGCCUAGCGAUGCCGUGUAUUCCGAGGUGGUUAUUCUGUGCGCCCUGAUGAUUGCAUCCAAAUUUCUUGAAGAUGUCCACGACCCAACGCAGUACUUUUGCACCGAAUGGGGUCGGGGUAUCUGGUCAUGCGAGCAGGUCAAUGCAACCGAAAGAUGUGUGAUGGAGGCACUCGAGUACCGCAUCAUGCCCUUGACAGAUGAAGAAUAUAUCAAGGAGGCACGCCACGAUAUUGAGGCCACUCGACGAGAACUACAAGACGAGACGAGCGAAGCUGCAUUCGAGGCCAGAGAGUGCGCAUUUGACACGAGGCUUAUGAGUUCUGGACAAGCCGUGCUUGGUCUGGGUCUCCAGCUGACUCCUGCCGUUACCCCGAACCCAGAACUGUCCACGGGUCACGGCCAAAACGCAGACCUUGCCGAUGAGACAAAGGACGCAUUCCGCAGCUCGCAGACGCUCCCUGAGAACUAUCUGCACUUGCCCAUGCAGUCUAAGGCGUCAUAA